GGUUGUCCCUCUCCCCAUUUUUCUCAAGUGGAUCAAAUAUAAACAAUAAGCUUAGCCCGUUUCUUUUUCAAUUUCGUUUUUCUAAUUUAUUUAAUGAAUUCUCGAGUCCUCCAUUUUUUCCUGUGAAUCUGUUUUGGUUAGUGGUAGUGGUGGUUGCGACACUCUCCAAUGGCGAUUGAAGAGGACACUGAGAGCUGCGGUAGUAGAGCUGUGGACUCGUUGGCCCAUGUGAAUCCUCGACAUCACAGGCAAAAGCUUGACGUUUUCAACGAGGUGCUUAAGCGUAUCCAGGAGUCUAAUUACGAGGAAGCUAAUCUGCCUGGCUUCGAUGAUCAGCUCUGGCUUCAUUUCAAUCGACUCCCUGCUCGAUACGCACUAGAUGUGAAUGUGGAGCGGGCAGAAGAUGUGCUUGCACAUAAAAGAUUAUUACAUCUGGCAGAGGACCCUGCUAAUCGUCCUGUUUUUGAAGUUCGUGUAGUACAGGUCUAUCCUGUCUCCACCACGCCUUCCGUUGACUCUGUUCAUUCUGAUUCAUCUGUAAAAGAAGAUGCACAAAGUGCUUAUCAUUCAAAUAGACUGGGUAUCCACCCACCGCCUACCUUUGGUUCAUCGCCUCAUUUUGAAGCUUUUUCUAUUCAAGCAACUGAAGAUAAAGACAGUGCUGUGAAUUCAACAUCAUGCCUCCGGCCUAUGCAUGAGAUCACCUUUUCAACAGUUGACCGACCAAAACUCCUUAGUCAGUUGACUUCUUUACUUGCGGAGAUUGGAUUGAACAUUCAGGAAGCUCAUGCUUUUUCCACUGUUGAUGGGUAUUCUUUGGAUGUUUUUGUUGUUGAUGGUUGGGCUUUUGAGGAAACUGAGGGGCUCAAAGAUGCACUGGAGAAGGAAAUUUUAAAGUCUAAGGAGCAAUCUUAUCCGACAAAGAGUUCAAUAUCUGUUAUGAAUGGGCUUGUCAAUGAAGGGGUCUUUUCCUUACCCAAUUGUGUUGAAAUCCCGAGUGAUGGAACUGAUGUAUGGGAAAUUGAUUCCAGGAAGCUCAAAAUUGAAAACAAGAUUGCAUCUGGAUCAUAUGGUGAUCUAUACAGAGGCACAUAUUAUAGUCAAGAAGUGGCUAUUAAAGUCCUCAAGCCUGUGCAGGUUAUGGGAGAAUUGCUGAGAGAGUUUUCUCAGGAAGUUUUUAUUAUGAGGAAAAUCCGGCACAAGAACAUUGUACAAUUCAUAGGCGCAUGUACAAGAGCUGCAAACCCCUGCAUUGUGACUGAAUUUAUGGCCAGAGGUAGCUUAUAUGACUAUCUGCAGAAGCAAAGGAGAGUUUUUAAGUUGCCAUUUCUACUCAAAGUAGCCCUUGAUGUUUCCAAGGGAAUGAACUAUUUGCAUCAAAACAACAUCAUCCACAGGGACCUGAAAACCGCAAAUCUUUUGAUGGAUGAGAAUCAAGUUGUUAAAGUUGCCGAUUUUGGAGUUGCUAGAGUGCAGGCUCAUUCAGGAGUAAUGACAGCUGAAACUGGAACAUACCGCUGGAUGGCUCCUGAGGUUAUUGAGCACAAACCAUAUGAUCACAAGGCAGAUGUUUUUAGCUUUGGAAUAGCACUCUGGGAGCUACUGACAGGAGAACUCCCGUAUUCUCUCUUGACUCCACUACAAGCAGCAGUUGGUGUAGUGCAAAAGAAUCUACGGCCUACGAUCCCAAAGAAUACACACCCAAGACUAGGGGAAUUGCUUGAGAGAUGCUGGCAGCAGGACCCAACUCAAAGGCCUAACUUCUCUGAAAUUAUAGAAAUCCUUCAACAAAUAGAUAAAGAGAUUGCAGAUAAGGGGGAAGAUCGCAACAUGAGCAAGUCGUCCAGCGGUGUUUUCUCAUCUAUGUUGAGGGGACAGCAUUAACUCCAAUAGUAAAGAGGAUGCUGUGAACUACAAGUAUUAUUUUCCGUAUUUUAUCGUAUUUUAUAUAGCAUUAUGAAUGAUUUUCAGCAGUUUGCUCUCUCUUGGUUCCUACAUUUUUAUGUGAAACCCUAAUACUUGACUUUUCAUUUCUUCUAUUUAUGCAAACUGUAAAAUGGAUCAUCUGAAAACUGACGUUCA